AUGCUGCUAAAUGCUGGCAGUGUGCAUUCACUGUAUACAUUGUGUGUGCAAGAUGAGGUUACACUUUUGUUACAAUUCAAGAAUAUUUAUCUUUUUUCAGAUCUUUCCAAAAAUCGUCUGUCAGAACUUCCAGAGGAAGUAUGCCAGUUUAUCUCCUUGGAGUCCCUCAGUUUGUAUCACAACUGUGCCAGGAGCAUUCCAGAAGCUGUGUGCAACCUACAGGCCCUCACCUACAUCAAUAUAAGUCGAAAUCAACUGUCCUCCUUGCCUCCAUUCCUGUGUCAACUUCCUCUAAAAGUUCUGAAUGCUAGCAAUAACAAGCUCUCCACACUGCCAAACAAUAUUGAUACCCUGGUCAACCUCAGACAACUGGAUGUGAGCUGUAAUGAAAUCCAGUCACUUCCACCUCAGCUGGGUAGUCUGGAGUCUUUACGAGAUCUUAAUGUUCGCCGUAACCAGAUAUCUAUCCUACCUGAAGAGCUGUCUGAACUUCCAUUGGUUCGACUAGACUUCUCUUGUAAUCGUGUGACUAGAAUCCCUGUGUGUUACCGACAUCUUCGACAUCUCCAAGCGAUCAUUUUAGAUAACAACCCACUUCAAUCUCCUCCAGCACAGGUGUGUACAAAGGGCAAAGUUCAUAUUUUUAAGUAUCUGAACAUUGAAGCCUGUAAUAAAACUGUGCAAGAGCUUACAGAUUUUGAUAGAAUGGUCAGACCGACCAAUUUUACAUCAUGCCUUUCUGAUGAAUUUUACCCGCUGCGGCAAUAUGGGGGUCUGGAUUCUGGUUUUAAUAGUGUUGACAGUGGAAGCAAGCGAUGGUCUGGUAAUGAGUCAGCAGACGAAUUCUCUGAAUUGUCUCUCCGAAUGGCAGAUAUCACAAGAGAAGCCAAGCUUCAGAAAGAGAUCAAGUCUCUACCGUCUUCCAGCUUAAAUGCAAAUGGGGAUACGGAGCAGAUUGAUUUCAUUGACAGUAGUCUAAAUGAAGAUGAUGAAGAGGAGUCUAAAUCGGAUGUCAGUCCCUUGCAGCCUCCCCAGGAAAAACCAAAAACAUCGUCCCCAAGGUCUGAAGCUGACAGUAAAAGCCAGAAAACCAGGCCAAUGGUAAGCCCAGAUGCAGCUCAUCCAGCAGUAGACAGUCCUCCUAGUGAGGACAGGAGACGGAUUCUGCAAAUCUGGCAAGAGAGGGAACGCAACAACAGGUGGCACAACGGGAUAAGCAUUUUGAGCCUGCUGGAAAUCAAAAACAAUGACCUUGUGUGUGUGUGUGGUUACAGGCCAAUGGUAAGCCCAGAUGCAGCUCAUCCAGCAGUAGACAGUCCUCCUAGUGAGGACAGGAGACGGAUUCUGCAAAUCUGGCAAGAGAGGGAACGGCAACAACAGGUGGCACAACGGGGUCAGGGCAUGGAGAAACGAGAAAACAGGUCUGUUCCAAGAACUACUUCAACUACGCCUGCAGCAGUUCAUCCAGGAACAUCUAGUGGUGUGCAUUCAGACAACAGCUUCACUACUGGUCUUCGUCAAAGGUCUCCGAGUGCAGAACAGAUGACCAGUCCAGUUUCCCGACAUCGGGUAGCUACAGAUCAAACUCAAGACUUGAAAAGCAACCUUCCAUCACCUAAAGAGGGAGGUGUGGCUCAGAAGCCAAGCAGCUUUCUUUUCCGCUCUGCCUCCAAAAAUAAUGUCAAGAAUUCAGGUUCUGUUCACUCACUUGUGGAUUCUGGUUUGCCAGAUUCCAGGUCAACUCUCCGCACUAGGGGUUCUGACCAUCAGGAAGAUCAGGAGCAAAUUGUCCAACUUAGGAAGAUUAUUGAGUCAAAGUUACGAAUUAUUCUUCCUGAAGAUCUGAGUGAAGCACUUUCAAAUGGUGCCACCCUAUGCCAGCUAGUUAAUCACAUGAGGCCUCGAUCUGUUUCUAUUAUUUACAUCCCUUCCCCUGCUGUGCCAAAAUUGAGCACUGCCAAAUGUCGUCUUAAUGUAGAGAACUUCAUCAAAGCAUGUCGAAAACUUGGGGUUCCUGAGGCCAAAGUGUGUUUUGCAUCCGAUAUCCACCAAGGCAAUGUGGACAGAAUUCUGGACACCGUGGAGGCAUUGUUGCUGGUCGAGGCAGACUCCAAACUGGCUCCAUGCUUGCAGCAACUUGCUGGCUUCUGUCUUUUCUAUGCUAUUGUGAUGUUGCUAAUUUAUCUGGCUUUGCACAAACUAUCUCUGAUUUAGCUACAUUUGAAAAAACACUUUUAAAGCAGCAAGAUGCAGGGCUGCAUGGUGGAUACUGCUGAAACCAGAUCUGUUUUAAAUAAUUAUUUAACAAGUUAAAAAGUACAAUUCUGUUACCUAGAGCAGUCUUUCAGCAAUUGUGAGGAGUCCCUGUACCACUUGCAGCUUUGAUUCAAGUUUUUUUUACAAGUAUUUGUGAUGGUAUUCUGCACAUCACAGCUGAUAUUAAACCUAUUAAUAUAAGUUCAAGUUAGAGCCAGGUUAUCCACUUAUUACAGUUUAAAAAUUGUUGGAAGAGAUGUGAAAAUGUCUGUGUUCUUCUAAUGCUUUUCCAUUUUCAGUCAUGAAUUGGGCUGACACAAUAUGGAAAAAGAUGUCAUUUCUGUUUAAGAUAUUUUCAGGUGUCUGUUAUGUCUGUCAUGUAUUUCACUGAUACAUCUGUAUUUAUCCAGCUACAGUUAUCACUUCACUGUUCAUCUUCAGUUUGAAUAACUUACAAAUCUAGGGUUUGCAGUCUUGUUUUAUAGCUGUUGAUAUCUGUCUGUUGACUAGGAAGAAGGAAAUGCAGUAACAGCUUGCUGCCACAGGAUGUUGCUGAUUUGUCAGAAUUGCAUAUUGCAGAGCCCACUGGGCCAUUGGAAAUGCUGGAUUAUCCAGCAGAUCUUCAAAAAUGUUUUUUACAUAUGUGGACAGUUCUGUUGGAGACAUGGUUUGGUUAGUUAGCGUAUGGCUUUAAUCCAAGGUAAAACUUUAGGCUAAAGCUUUGUUUUUUAUUAGGUUGCUAGGAGAAAGAAAUGGUGCCCCUUUUGAGCAUGUGGAGAUCUCGCGACUGUAUGUAAAUUGCACCCCAGUUCAACACAUCCAUGCCGUUUAUUAUGAUUAUCACCACACUUUUUAGCAUUUAAAGUCUUUUAUCUCUAAAAAGACUGAUAUUCUGCAUGCAGUCACUGUGUGACAGUAUUUUGCUGACAUUUAGUACCAUUGUCUCAGCUCUUAACUCUUAAGUAAUUUGUUAUGAUGACCAUAUGUUGAGUUUUGAUUUGCUUUAUUUGAUGGAUUCUCUUUCCACAUUUAUACUCAAGUUUUUCUAAUGUGUAGCACACAGUACUAUGUUCUGUAUUUUGUAAUUAUUAAAAAAGAGUAAUUAUUUAAAAAGAAGAGUAAAGUUAGAAGCUGAAGCUGUUUACGGGCAGAAAUUUACUUUAUUUGUGCUAGAUUUUUACUGAGCUGUCUAAUGCUAAUUUCAUUUAUAUGCACUUUGCUUUAAAUUUUUUUCAUCCCAUGUUUUUUUCAAAAAUGCUGAAACUCUUGUUUCCCUUUCCUUGGAACAAUUUCUUUAGCAAUACUAUAAACUAUGACAUUUCCCUGAAGGAUGCACAAAUCUUAGUAUAUAAUCUGUACAGCUGGUUAUUUAAAAAAAAGCAUUGUGAAGAAAAUCCAAAUGGGACCACACAAUCUUAAUGAAGCAUUAGAUGUAUUUUGUAAUAUUUAUGACUAUGUAUUUAAAUGGAGAAACAGGUUUGUGCAUUUUUAUGUAUAUGUAUGUAUAUAUAUAUAUAUAUAGGUAUUGGUACUGUAAAAAGAAACAAUUAAAAAGCCAUGUUUUACGUACAUCUGUCUAAGAUUAAUGUGAAUUGAGCACUUUUUCCCUUGGAAAUCUUUAGUUAACUCUUGCAACUCGCUGUGUUUUCCAGCAUUUUUUAUGUUGUCUCAUUCCAGAUGUGAUUUACUUUGUCUUGGUAUGUUAAAAGUGAAUGCAUUCUCAAUAGUAAAAAGUACCAUUUUCCCUUUUUAAAAUAUUAAGCACUCUUAAUAUUAAAACAGUUACUUGGACCAGAGUCUUUCAAAGAACUUUAGUUUGGUGCACUGUGCAAAUUUCUUCAGUCUAGUAUUUCUAAAACUAGUUUACAUGUUUAACACCCAUAUUCAAAUUCAAAUUGGUCACAAUUCUUAGAUCUCCUUGCAUGUUUAGUGAGUAGUAUGUUGGAGUGAGCAGUAUUUUCUGCUAUUGUUGUUUAAUUUAAAAAUCAACAUCUUUCUUAAAGCGUGUUUUUUUCAUUAAUCUUACUUUGCUAGAGCUGCAUGGUAACUAUGUGGUCUGACGGCUCAUUAUUUUCAUCACACCAGUAAUAUCACACUGCACUGUCAAAAGAGCUAAAACUGUUUUAUCACUGAAUUUCCCUUUUUUUUUUUUUUUUUGGAUAUCCAUUGUCUGCCUUAAAAAGACAUCAAAAUGUAUUAUGGGAUACCCUUUGGUCAUAGUGAUGGCACUAAGUGAAAAUGUAUUUAGUGUGAUUUUUAUUUGUCCACAAUAUCCAGACAAGGUCCUAACUCUUACAUCACAACAAGAUGUAUAGUUUUAGGAGUGGGGUGCUCUUAAAACAAGUCACAUUCAUUUGCAAAGUAGCUAGUUGCCAUUCCAUUCACUAUUCUUAAAAUCUGUGAUGUGGAAAAGCAAAUCAGUAACCUAUGCAUACUGUAACAAACAGCAGAGUAAAGAAGACAUCGUACUUGAUGUUAUAGAUAAGCCCGUGGAAACGUUAAUUUUUCCUCUUCCAUCAUUAUAAUCCCGUCCAUUCUCUAAAGCUCUAUGAUUCAACCAAAAAUACAAGAGACGACAAAUGUUUUAUUUCACCACACUCUUUUUAGCUCCUACUGCCCUCAAGGUUUCCACCAAUUUUCCCACCCUUCAGCUUAAGAUAAGGAGCUUUGUGCCAAUAAAUAUUGCCUGCGUUUUAUUAAAACUGCAGCAAUGCUACAGCAGAUGUACCCUGCAUAAGUCAGUCUGACUCUGUGUUCUUAUCCAAAUAACAGGAAAGCACCCUGCCAGCUGUUAGUAAAGUUGAAGAAGAAUAAAAGUCUUACUACUUACAAUAUAAGCAAAGUAUGUUUAAACUCACACUUAAAAUAUUUUUGAGCUUCUGCAGUUUUUACAUAUAAAUGGUUUAAAUCUCAACCACUCAAAGUGUGGGCUGAAAUUUGCCUAGUAAGAUAGUUAGAGGACCUACACAAUGCCUUCUUCCCAAAAGUUUUCUGGUAUAGCUCUAUCAUAGCAUAUCGAAGCAGCUUCAGUAUUUUAUUUCAUACAGUAUGCCCAUGAAUGAUGUGCUGUUUUGUUCAGGCUCCUUUAAAAUGCCCGUCAGGCAUCAUUUUUUUCCAACAUUGCAAUGUAUCAUUGCUUUGGAUACUAGUGGGUAAAGCAGUUUAAAAAAUAAUAGUAACAUGUUAAAUAUGUUGUAUUACAGUUUUUAAGAUACAAAAGCAGCAGACAAAACUGUCUCUCGAAGUGCAUGGCAUCCAAGGAAAUAUGUAGACAUCGUAACUUUUUUUUGUAAAUAGUCAUAAAUACAAUUAUAGUUAUUAAAUACACUUAUAUUGGCACAUCACCACAUAAUAUAUAGCAAAACUUGAAAAGUAAUUUGGCGCACAGUAAUGCACAAAGUAACUAAUUCAGUUGCCUCAGCUAAUCAUGCAUUUCUUAGCAAAGCUUGUGCCGGCAUGUAUUCAUAUCCUGAAAUAAGAAAUUGCUUUAAUGAAUCUGUAAGCUAGUUUUGCAUUGAAAAUGAUCGACAUAAAAAGUCCUUGUUGGUGUGCUAGGCCAGGUAUACACAAUAGCAAACUGUCGAUUUGUUUUUUAAUUUUAAGUGUCUCUUUCAAAGAAAGUGAACCUUUCAAAACUCUCAUAUUCAUUACUUUGUGACUUUCAAUACUAAUAAAAUAUAUAUUAACUGUAAAAAAGGUUGCCAACAUCUCAAACAUUUGUUAAAGUCUGUAAUGCUACAUAACAUAACUUAUUUUAGCAUGAAUUUACUACUUCUGUGCACUAACUGCAACAAUAUUGUACAUUCUACUUCACUGAUAGAAAUAAAUGAUUUUUAAAAAAUAUUGUUAAAGUCAUACAACAUUCACCAGAAAGUCAAAACUCAAUCAGUGAAUGUAUAAUACAAAAAAACAAAAAAAUAUAUAAAUGAACUUUCAUUGACAUUGGGGUUGUUAAUUUUUCUUUUAA